UGUGAAGAUGUCUGAAUCUCUGCUGCCCGCGUGCGUCCUCUGCAUCCUCAUGGUCUCAACGCUCUCGUCCGCAUGCUACAUUCAAAACUGUCCACGUGGAGGAAAGAGAUCUCAACCAGAUCCCAUCAGACAGUGUAUGACGUGUGGUCCUGGGAAUAAAGGUCGGUGUUUUGGCCCCAGUAUCUGCUGUGGAUCCGGUCUGGGUUGUCUGGUGGGUUCUCCUGAGACUCUGAUCUGUAUGGAGGAGAAUUAUCUGUCCAGUCCCUGUGAGACCGGCGGGAGUUCCUGUGGAUCUGAUGGUGGACGCUGCGCUGCUCCGGGGAUCUGCUGUGAUUCACAGAGAUGUGUGAUGGAUUCAGAGUGUAUGGAUCAGAUCAGAUAUGAGGAAUCUAAUGGCAGCGAUACACUGAAGAAGUCUUCAUCAGACCUGCUGCUGGAUCUGUUGAAGCUGAUGUCACGAGACUAAAGAUGAAGAUCAUCUUAUACAUGCUGCAUGACCCAUCGGUGUUUGCUAUCUGUAAAUACUGUAUGUAGUAAAUGAAAGUUCAGAUCAAUACUGAUGCUUGUUUAUCUAACAGGUUUGAGUUUGUGGCUCCAUGAAAAGCAUUACACAUUCCUGCUCUUUUAUUAUUAUAAUCCAGUGCUGUUAAGGGUUAUUACCUCUGUAUGAUCGGUUAAUACCAGCCUGUCUUUAUGCAUCUGUGUUCCUCUUUGACAAGUUUGAACAAUAACUCAUGUACGACUCUCACAUCAAUCUGGUACUCAGAGCGUUUGUCUUUCAGAAGUACACUUUUAAAUCUAACGUAUAAUUACUGAAAAUGAACUCAAAUGUAUAGAAAAGAGUUGUGCAGACAAUAAAAACUGACGCAGAUGAAACGUUUAAAUCUAAACAGGUGAUUCCUGUUUCCCUGUGAGCUCUUUUGUCCUUUUAUAUUCAAAGAAACCAGACAGACGCUGUACAAAACUAUAUUUAAAUACUCUUGCUGUCAAUAAUAUCAUAAGAAACAUUGUGCUUUAGUGAUAUUUCAUCAAGUUUUAAUAAGUGAUGAAUGUCUUCACU